AUGCUACAUACGCAUUUAUUGCUAAAAUCAAUAAUAGCGGAUCCAAAUGAGCAGGAACAAAAUGAAAUAGCCAAAAAAAUGAAAAAAGCAAAAAAUAUGAAAGGAGACAUAAGUAUCUAUAUCUCCAUUUUUAGCAUUCUGUUCAAAUUAUAUUUAAUUGACAUUUUAAUUCGUGUUAACUUUGAAGUUCCAUUGAGAGGCCAUAAUUUAUCUUGAUAG